GAAGAACCUCCCAUGGCGGACAUCCACCAACUCAACGGGAAUUUGUACCGUGCUCUGAUGGAGAAGAACCCCAAGGAUGUGUUGGGUUUCCUUCCAGAGGACGAAGGUCCAUUGCACAAAAUCACCAUACAUAAAGACACCGUUCUCCAUAUGGCCUGUUACUCCAAGCAGUGUGAUCUCGCGCUCGAAUUACUGCAACUGUUGCCCCCCAGUCUUAACCAGCGACUCGCCAACACUAAAAACGAUGUGGACAACACUAUCCUCCACGAGGUAGCCACUUACAACGCCAUGACUGACGUUGCCACUGAAAUAUUGAACAGAGCUCCGGAGUUGCUUACUGCUCGUAACAUCCUUGGAGAGACACCUCUCUUUCGGGCGGUCCGGUACGGGAAAGAUGAAAUGUUCAAGCUACUAGCUGAGAAGCUUGACCGUAUGGAUUUUGAAACUGAAGAAGAUCGUAAAGCCUGUUUGCGGAGGAAUGAUGGAACAACUAUUCUCCAUAUUUCCGUAUUUACUGAGAAUUUUGACUUGGCGCUGUUGAUAGCAGAAAGAUAUGGAGAUUUAAUUAGCGCCUGGGACUCUAACCAAAUGACGGCUCUUCAACAUCUAGCAUGCAACCCAUCGGCAUUUCUCAGUGGAUGCGAACACGGACAUCUGAGGCGAUUCAUCUACUCUUGUAUUUCAAACAAGGCCAGGGGAGGUCGGUGUCAAGAUCUUAAAUCUGUUGCUAAAUCACGCUUUAGAUGGCCCAUUUGGGAAGCACUUUUGGAAGAAAAGCAUAGAUAUGAUGCAGCUCGCGAACUUGCCAGUAAGUUACUAGAAAGUGAUACUUCCUGGGAGGCUACGAAUCCUCAAGCAGUGGACCGAGGGUCCAUUUCUGUGCAAGAGAAAGGAGGAGACUCAUCGGUAUCAUCAAAAGAAAAGGCAAAAGUGGAUCCCUCUAUUGCCCUGCAACACCCAGAUGAGAAGAAAGGAAAAACCUCUCCAGAAGUCAAUAGAACUAGAUUCAACAAUAUCAGGAACAAGGAAACUCCAUUGUUUUUGGCAACAAUGUCAGGCAUUCCAGAGAUUAUCGAUGAAAUACUCAAGAAGUACCCUCAGGCAAUUGAGCAUUAUAAUGACCAAGGAAGGAACAUACUUCAUGUAGCGAUCAAUUACCGCCAGAUAGAGAUUUUUGAUAGGGUGGUCAAGAUGGAAAUGCCAGCAAGGAGGCUACUACGGGCAACAGACGCUAAAGGGAACUCCAUUCUGCAUAUGGUAGGAAAGAAAGGAAAACGCUAUGUCUCGAGAAAAUCACGAUCCCCUGCAAUCCAAUUGCAAGAGGAGUUGCUCUUGUUUGAGCGUGUGAAGGAAUACUCUAAAUCCCAUUUCCUCAAGGUCUUCAACCAUAACAACCAGACUGCAGAUGAAUUAUUUGCUUCCAACUACUGUGAACUUCAUGAGGAAGCCAAAGAAUGGCUGAAGCGCACCGCUGAAAACUGCACCAUUGUGGCUGUUCUUAUUGCUACCGUUGCCUUUGCUGCAGCCUACACUAUACCAGGAGGACCAAAUCAAAGCACUGGUAUCCCACUCCUCCUUUCUCAACCAUUCUUCGUGGUUUUCACCCUGGCGGAUGUAAUCUCCCUCACUUACGCCUUGACAUCUGUCAUCACAUUUCUCUCAAUCCUCACAUCUCCAUUUCAGUUACAAGACUUCAAGAAGUCUCUUCUUCGAAAGCUGAUGCUCGGUUUUACGUUUUUAAUCCUUUCCGUGUCCAUGAUGAUGGUGGCAUUUGGUGCAACAGUCAUCCUUAUGAUACAGAAUAAGGAAAGGUGGACCAAAAUUGUCCUAUACUCGGUUGCAUUCCUCCCAGUUAUUAUUUUUGCGCUCUCAUAUUCCCCACUAUAUUAUAGACUCCUGAAAGCUUGCACUGGUCUGCUCAAUCUUGCACUUGAGCUUUGCCCCAGGUGUACUUGUGUUUCUCCACCAUCAUGGACAACCAAGUUUUUCAACCGCGGAAAAUCCAAGCCCAACCGCCCUCAAUCUCAAACAUUCAGUUCCAAGUGCCCUUCUACAUUUCAAACCACUGAUUCUUCAGUUUGAAAGGCCAGUGAGGACCUAUGUAUGUAUGUAUAAGUGAUUUGAAUGCUUCUUUCUCUUUUAUUUGCUUAGAACUGAUUGUACAAAUGUUAUGUAAUAAGUGAACCGGUAGUUGAUGAUAUUUUAACAAACGAAAAAAAUGAA